AAGAAAACCCCCGGCCACACUUGGGUGGCCUGGGGCGCCACCUGUGGCCGGGGCGGGUAACUACAAGAAGUAAACACGGUGGCCCAGCUGAGGGUCCGAGGAGGAGGAGGAGCAGCUCCAAGUUGUGUUGUGAGUUUAGAAUUGUGUAAAGCCCAGAACACUCAUUGGUCAGCAACUUGAUCCCGACUUAUCUUAAGGAACAUGUCAUUGUUGGGACAACUUGUAUGAAAAUAUUAAAGCCUUGUGGGUAAAUGAUUACAACGGUUCCCGUGCCAGAACUACAGUAGUAUGGACCAGAGUAACAUGAUAGUAGUGGUAGGAGAGCUGGAGUCAGACUCGGAGACAAUAUUGGAGGCAUCUGAAUCUGGGACACUUAUAUUUAAAAAUGUGUCAUCUCAGACUGACCUUGCAUACACAAGCAAGGCUGCUUUCCCUAUAAUAUUUUGUACUAUUUUGUCCUCAGUUAAUGAAGCUUCUACUCAAACUGACAUCCCUGCCAAAUCUAGUGUUGGUGUAUCUGCUGAUGUUAAGGACUUAAUUCACCCUUUAUCUUUGAAUAAUGUCACUAAAAUUAAGACAGAAAAACCACCAAAGGUAAUAGAGACAGAAAAAGACGUUCUUCUUGAGCAGACUAUUGAAGAUGUUAUUCUUGGCCUUUCCGCAAAUGAAGAGAGUCGGUGCAGUGAUCAGCCAAACAACUCAGUGCAUAGUGAUGGAUACGACAAUGAAACUCUUCUUUCCCCUUACCCAAGAGAUGAUGUGAAGAAUCCUGAAGAUAGUGAAUUUAGUUCUGACAAUGAUGUUGCUUUCUGGCAGAAGAUGAAGCUCAAGUCCAAGAAAAGAAAGAGAGGCAAAUUAAGGAGUGGCAAUUCAGAAAAAAGAAAGUAUUUAAAAUACCCAGCUGGCUUUAGUAAUUACAGUAUUAAAAUACCAUUUGAAGACAGCUUUUCUGUUCUGGGUAAAAUUUCACCGACUCUGCCACAACCAGAGCAUGCAGAAGAAAGUAGACAGAUGGAGAAAGAAAAUAUGACUAUAAAAAUAGAAGCAGAGGUUAAUAAUGAUGACUGGAUUACGGAUGAUGAAAUGGAUGUUGAGGAAGAAGUGGAUAUUGAUUUAGCUUUUAAACUUGAAUGGAAAAUGAAACGCCACCCUUAUAAUAGCAAGGAGAAAAAUUUUGUGUGUGAAGUUUGUGGUAAGUUGUAUUCAAAGCAUCAUUACUUAAGAGAACAUAUUGUGAGGGAUCAUAGUGACCAUGAACAAGCCAAGAAAUACCCUUUCUGCUGUCGACACUGUAAGAGAUUAUACAGUGGCGAGAGGCAGUUAAUGUACCACCAGCAGCAGCAUAGUGGCCCAUGUGAGAUCUGUGGUUUAAUGCUCAAAUGUAGUGGUCUUUUUUGGAUCCACAGAAGAAAUCACGAUUCACAGUGUGAAACUUGUUUCAAAGUAUUUCAAACCAAAAGUUCUCUUGAUAUGCAUAUGAAACUUAAACACACUGAAAAAACAAUUCCAUGUCCAAUGUGCCCAAGAUUGUUUUCAUUCAAGUUUCUUAUGAAUAAGCAUGUUGCCAAGGCACACAGUUCUGGAACAUCUUUGCAGCAUAAGUGUGAUGAGUGUGACUUUUAUGCCAGGACUGAGGGUGCUCUCAGAAUUCAUCAAAGAAGGAUACAUAAUAAAAUACCAAAAAUGCAUACAUGUGAUGAAUGCAACUCUUCAUUUAGCACCAAACUUACAUUUGAUAAACACAUGGCUCUUCAUGCUAAUGAAUGUGGUUUUGAAUGUCAAAAUGAUAUGUACUCCCAUAAGACAGCUGUACACAGUGGGUUGUCAAACGGCACCAUAACAGUAGAGCAUCAAGCGUUGACGAAUCAGUUGCAUCACAAAAUUCUUAUGUCUUAUCCAUGUGAAAUGUGCAAUAUAAUGUUUCCUGCUCGCAAGAAGCUCAGCCGUCAUCUUUUGAAAGUUCAUGGCAUAGAUAGCGAUGCAGUCAGAGAAUCAAGAGAAGUAGAGGAGUCUAUUCAGUUGGCAGAAAUGGAUGAAGCUGCAACUGCUGUAAUGCAGAUCAAUGUUAACAAUGAAGAUUUCCAGCCUGAGGUAUCAAGGAUAGAUCUCAGAGAGGAGCAUCCUAUUUUCACUCUUACUGGCGGUAAUUACCAGGGAACCAGAUCAGCCUUGUUAAUGCCGGCUAAUGUUGUACCUCCAGAUGUCAGUAUAGUGGAUAUUGAUGGUGUGCAGUAUCAUGUCAUCAGAGGCAACCAGUAGAAGACUUAAGUAGUACACUCAGUGAAUCAGACUCCUUUGACAUGACUCAUCUUGUGUAUUUCUGGUCUCAUAUUGGCAUCAUGAAUGAUAUCUCAGAACUCUUGGAUAUUAUUUGUCAGAUGUUGGUAUAUAUCUUUCUGGGCUCAGUUCUUUCUAAUGGUGAUUACCUAAGCAGUUGAUUCUUAAUUUUUUUAUGUACUGUACUAUAGUAUCAUAUCACUGAGUAACCAAUAGGGGGGAAGUUAAAUUUUGAAUGCUGUACUGUAUACGUAUCUGCAUUUUGGAGAGAACACACCAGCUGAUAUAAAUUAUCAUGUAGACAAUAUGGGAAGGUAAUUACAGUAAAUGAACUUGUAAGAUGAUUAUGAGUUUCUAUUGUUAAAGACCUAAUUUUUAGUAAUUCAAAAUUUCAGAAUCAUUCACAAAUUUGAAGAUGUGUAUUUUACAUCUAUACAUUUUAAGAUGUAUGCUGAGAUGUAUAUUUUGGCCCCACUGAAAUUUGUCUAAAGUUACAAUGGUUACUUGAAUGAUAAUCAUUCAAGAUCUGGUAAUUAAUUAAUUGGCUAACUAUUGUUUCUCUGAAUCUAAAUAGGCCUUCAGAGAUCAGGUAGAUUUAAUGAUAACUGAGGCUAUUGGCUAAUACUUUUUAAGUGUUAGUCAUUGACUAGCUUGGUUAUGAGAAGCAUUGUAUAUUAGAGCAUGUGUCAUUUAACAUUGAUAUGUGAUAUAAUGAUUGGGUAAUACAUAUUCUAGCUGAUCUAAGCUGUAACAAGUAACUGGAAAUGAAGGCUUUGUCAGUGGUUAAGUAAAAUUAGCUCUAGUGUUAUGGAAACUAAAACAACUCUUAAAACUGUGUUUUAAACACAC